CAACAACCAAUGACCAGUCAUCACUCAUCACUGAUUCACGGAAGGUAAAACGAGCCCCGAACUCAAUUACUCAACCAGAGAUCUCAUCAUCUUCUUCUUCCACUGUUUGCUACUUGACACUAGCAUUAUCUUUCGUCUCUCUCUCUCUCUCUCUCUCUCUCGAUCCACCUCUAAUGGGUUUUCCGUCGAACGGAACAUCUGCAUCAGAUAAGCCAUUGAAGUUUCUGAUCUACGGCCGGACGGGGUGGAUUGGAGGACUUCUCGGUAAGCUCUGUGAAGCUCAGGGCAUCGACUACGCUUACGGCUCUGGCCGACUUGAGAACCGAACCUCGCUGGAGGCCGACCUUUCUACCGUCCGACCCACUCAUGUCUUCAAUGCCGCCGGCGUCACUGGUCGGCCCAACGUCGACUGGUGCGAGUCCCAUAAGGUCGAGACCAUCCGCACCAAUGUCGUCGGAACCCUGACACUCGCUGAUGUUUGCAGAGAAAAGGGUUUGAUCUUGAUUAAUUAUGCCACUGGUUGCAUCUUUGAGUACGAUCAGAUCCAUCCUCUUGGGUCUGGGAUCGGAUUCAAGGAGGAAGAUGUCCCUAAUUUUAUUGGGUCCUUUUAUUCCAAGACCAAGGCCAUGGUGGAAGAUCUGCUCAAGAACUAUGAGAAUGUUUGUACCUUGCGUGUCAGAAUGCCAAUCUCAUCUGAUCUAUCUAACCCUCGCAACUUCAUUACUAAGAUUACUCGAUAUGAGAAGGUGGUCAACAUUCCCAAUUCAAUGACAAUCCUGGAUGAACUUCUUCCAAUAUCUAUUGAGAUGGCUAAGAGGAACCUCACUGGAAUCUGGAACUUCACCAAUCCUGGAGUGGUUAGCCACAAUGAGAUCCUGGAGAUGUACCGGGACUACAUUGAUCCCAACUUUGUGUGGAAGAACUUCACUCUGGAGGAACAGGCAAAGGUGAUUAUUGCCCCAAGGAGCAACAAUGAAUUGGAUACCACCAAACUGAAGAAGGAGUUCCCUGAACUCCUACCCAUCAAGGAGUCACUCAUAAAGUAUGUAUUCAAGCCGAAUCAGAAAACAUCUGCAGUUUGACAGUUUUAGAUUAGGUUGUUUGGCAUCUGAUCUUGUCUAUUGAGUUUAGCUCCUGCAUAUUGGAUCUUCCAGUGUUAUUUUGUAUGGGUAAGAAAUGUCACACUUCACAUUCUCAUGUGAAGUAAUUUGUCUUCCCCCAUUGUAUGCCCCAUAGCUCCUAUUUCAUAUUUGAACAGUGUAUUCUUAUCAAAGCAUGAAUAAAUAUAUUGCAAGAGGUUAAGUUUUUUCUUUAA